AGUCUGGUUCUUCGCGUCGUGGGCGGAAGACACACCGCGAACGUUUACAAAAUUAUCAAAAAUACAAAUAAAUCAACGUGUAAAACGUAAAAUUCCGUCGACAUCACAAUAUUUCAACGUUUCACUCAAAUGUUUCCGAACGCAAAAAUCAGUGACUAUAUUAAUACAAUGUUUACGUUGAAAUUAAGUUUCCAUAUGAGCGAGAAACAACACCGACGGGAUUUUACUAUGGUGAGCUGCUAUUUUCUAUAGUUUCUAGGAUUUAUUAAUAGACGUUAUGACAGUUACCUAUGCGAGAGAGUUAAAAGUAGAAUUACAACGUGUCGAAGGAAAAUAAAUAAACUGGUUUAAAGUGGUUUUAGAAGUCGUCGAAAAGGCGACACUUCCGCUGUUGCUCAAGUAGAAUAACAAUUAACUUUAAAAGAAUGAUAGAUAAUUAAAAAAAAAACCCAUCAGGCGAUGUUGCAGUCCGACCAACAGGAACAACACGACGCCAUAGUCCAAAAAAGUGACGUAUCAGAGGGAAAUAAGGAGCAUAAAAAUGCAUUCGACAGUACUCUUAAGCACGUGUUGGAUUACGCGCCUGCGCCCGGAUGGACUUUACACGUUAACGCAGAGGGGAGGUUGUAUUAUUGCAAUCACGUUACUCGAACUGCGGGAUGGUUACCACCGGCAGAGGCAUGGAAAAGUGGAGAAGACUCGUUACCAUACGGAUGGGAAAGAGCUUUGGACGACUCUGGAAGGACAUAUUACAUAAAUCACGUGAAUAAAACAACCACCUAUGAAUCUCCCGUGGUUAGGAACCAGGAUCCCGCUCCAAUGCCCGAACCACGAGCUGUAACCUUGGAAAGAUCCCCAUCUAUGGGUUUUGGAUUCGUAGCGGGUUCGGAAAAACCUGUAAUCGUGAGAUUCGUUACCGAAGGAGGACCUAGUGUAGAUAAACUUCUUCCCGGCGAUCAAAUUCUAUCGGUGAACGGAGAAGACGUCGAAUCAGCUCCAAGGGAACACGUGAUUUCUUUGGUGAGAGCUUGUAGCAAAACGGUGAAUUUGGUGGUUUGUCAACCAGCUGAACAGCAAGGCGCGAGAAAAUCCACUUUACUGUCGGCCAGCAAAAGGGCCAGACUUAAAAAUAAACCUUCGAGAGUGCGGUUCGCGGAAAGCGUGUGCGUCAACGGAGCCCCUCUAUUUCCGCCUUCGGCGUUUUCUUUGGGCGAUAUGUGCGUCCCGCCGAUGGCGAACGUUUUAAAAGUUUUUUUGGAGAACGGCCAGACGAAAUCUUUCAAAUACGACGCCUGGACGACGGUCCAGGACGUUGUAUCGUCCUUAGAAUCCAAAUUGUGUCUCCAAGCAACCGAGCACUUCAGUCUCGUGGUCGAACAUAUCAAAUCGUUAAAAAGGAACAAAUUGACUUUAUUAGAUCCGCAGGAUCUUUUAGCAAGGAUAGCGUCUCGACCGGGCGCCCACAAACUCCGUUGUCUGUUUAGAGUAGCUUUCGUACCGGCAUCGGCGGCGGCUCUAGCUCAAAAAGAUCUCCACGCAUUAGAUUACCUCUACACCCAAUGUUGCAACGACGUCAUACAAGAGAGAUUCGCUCCCGAGCUGCAGUACGACACCGCUCUCAGAUUAGCCGCGUUGCACAUAUAUCAACACGCUCUCGCCCACAACGUCCCGGCUUCGAAAUUGACCGUCAAAACGGUGGAGAGGGAAUUCGGUCUGGAACGCUUCAUACCGGCGUCGCUGUUGGAAAACGUGAAAAGAAAAGAAAUCAGGAAGCUGAUCGGCCAUUUUUUGAAACUGCAUUCGAGUAUGGCGGGUUUGGGCAAACAACUCACGGCCCUGCAAGCGAAACUUCAUUAUUUAGACAUAGUAAGUCAGUUGCCGAGCUACGGCGCCAAAUGUUUUUCUGCCGGACCUAGAGGAGACGCUUUGGAAAGGGUGAUUUUGGUCAGUCCCAGAUUCGGCAUCAGCCAAAUAACCGGGACGAGAAAAUCGGUGUUCCAGCCGAUUCCGAUAGCCAAUAUAGAAGAUAUGAGGAAAAUCGAAAUAAGGAACGAGGACGAAGUGACGCGGACCGUUCUGAUCCAUCUUCGAAGCGAAAAAAUCGUGCCGAUAUGUUUGGAGGAGCGCGACGCGUGCGAAUUGGCUUUGGUGCUGUGCGGCUACCACAAAUUGACGACUUCGCAAAAUCUGCCGGUCGAUCAAGAGGAUGGGCCGCAAGUCGAGGAUCUGGCUCCGCCGUAUCUGUCGCCGCAUAAAGUCGUUCCCGAAAAAUGGAGUUACGUAGAUCAGAGUUGUUUGAAGGUGUGUUGCUUCGCUACUUUGCCGUUAUAUAAGAAUGUGAAUAGAAAAACCAACGGUCUGUACAACACCGUCGGUAGGCAAUCGAAACAAUCGUUGAUGAUCGGUUACAGUUUGGAUAGCAACAUGAAUCGAUCGAUUAACGAUAGAAAUCGAUUUUAUAGCGUCGACGGCAACGCCGCGCGCGAAGCGGAAAACGAUUUGUACGAGAAUGGCUUACUACAAGCUAGAAACGAAGAGAUUUUACGCAGGGUCGAAGAAAUGCAGCAGCUAGUCGAAUAUUCCCAACAAUAUUUGACCGAACAGGAGAAUUUGGAAAGGCUCAACUCGUUGGCCGAAUGGCAGGAGACUAGCGUCGAUAUAGACAGCGAUGGGGACGAACCGGGAAAAUUGAAACACAGCGAUUCGCUUCUACUUUUGAAUAAAGGACACGCCGAAGGGGAAAGGAGGCAUUCGUUCACCAGUGCCGCGAUCGAGCUACUCAGACAGGAUACCGCGUGUUCCGAGAGCGAUAACGAUUCCAUUUACACGCCGAGCAAUUCGCCGAAGCACAAAUUUUUGCCGAACAAUUUGGAUAAUAAGAUAAAUAGAGUAAGUUUUGGUCUACGUAGUCCUGACGGUCAUACCGAAAAAGAACAAGAUCUGCAAGCUUAUCUUCAGUAUCUCCGGGACGUAAAAAGAAACGACGAAAACGUUUCUAGCGAAGAUAUGGAAUCGAUUAACGAUAUUUACAUAUUCGAUCCCGAUAUUAUCGAUUUAACUUUAAUCCCCCCUCCAAGUACGCCAGACGAACUGGAUUGUGCCUUACCGACACCAAUCAAUCUCCCCCCGCGUUCUUUCGCCGAUUCCAUCGAUAAAUUGAAUAAAUUAGGAAUUUUAGAAGACGAAAGUCAGGACCUCGAAGACUUCUUAGCUAGCGUCACAGUACCGCCGCCCACUCAAAAAGUAACCCCUUCAGUCGAACUCACCCCCGAAGAAAUUAUGUCGUACAUUAUCCCCCCGCCGCCGGUCCAAAACGCCGCCGACGAUUCGACGCAAAUUAAAAACGAAUCGAAAGUAAUCGAAUACGCGACUUUCGAUAGAAAGGGGCCUUUUUCGUGCUGCGCUAAACCGAAGACUGAAAAACAUUUGAAAGUUGACGAAAAUAUCCAACCUUUGCCGCGUAGGAGUUCGGACGAAAAACCGCCGGACAGACCGCCGAAGCCCGUAACGCCGGAAAGGCAAAGAUCCCAUUCGUUGACGACAAACAUUUCGAGAAAUACCGAACAUCCACCGCCGAAAUUACCUCCCAGAGGAGACGGUAAUCACCAAGCGCCGGUGCAUUUGUUUCUACCGCCGAAGAAACCGCCCCUGCCGCCGGUACCUUCGUUGGAGGUGCUCAGGCAGAAGAAAAACGCGCAACAAGCGAAAAACGGCGCGGAAACGCGAACGGCUAGUAUAGGAUCACCUUUAUUCCAGCGCAGCAGGAACGUUUCCAACGAUUUGGACGUCACUUCGACGGAAAGUACCGGUACUAAACAUACUACCGCUAUCAGUACCCCGACAUCACCUAAUAUGGGACGAGCGGCUCACUUAAAACUAGUACCUAUCCCGUUAGAUUCUCCUGAUAAUUCGAAAUAUAAUUUCGAUGAACACAACGUUUCUGGUUCACCCAACCAUCCUCAAGCUACUACCGACGACCGACUCAAGUGUAGUUUCAAAAGUAACGAACAAAAUAACGGAAGUUGCGGUAAAAUUAACGGAUGUACCUCUAAUAGGGAAAAUCUACUGCAGAAAACUGAUACGGCGAUGGGUAACUUAUUGAUAAGGUUGGAUCAAGUAGCUGCUCAAUGUACCGCUGCGCAAUUACACGGAGGCGGCAAAUUAAUUAGCGAAGAAAAAUUUCAAGUAGCUAAAGAGGAGUUAACGUCCCAAUCGUUGCAAUUGGUCACGUCGAGUAAAAUGUUGGUUAUAGCGAUGUCGGAUUCCAGUCUUCCAGACCUUCCCGAAAAUCUAGCGAUUUGUCUAACGAUAUUACGCAGAUUAACAGAACUGUGUCAAGAUUUAACUAAUCACACGACCGCGCCUUUACAAACUAGAAAUCUGAUACUGAAAGUCCGCGAUGUUACUUCAGCUUUUCGUACACUUCUCAAUUCCGAUAUCGAUAGAAGUUCCCAGAAAACCAUCGAAGACCAUUUAGCCGCGCAAGCUGAAACGCUCGCUAACGUUUUAGCGACCCUGUUGAGGAGUUUGAGGGUGUUUUCGCCUUGAAUCGUAAUAAAUUUUAUAGGUUGUUAGGUAGGUAACGAGUUUACGUAUUUUUUGACUGUUUUUCCUUUUUUGAAUUAAUACGAGAUACUCGUUUUACGAUAUUGAAAUGAUUAUCUCGUACAUAUUAUAGUUACGGUGACGGGAUCAUAUAUAAAGCAAGUUACGAUGUUUUCGUUGUUGAUUAUUACAAAAUGGCGGACGAGACUGAUUUAGUUUUAUUUAAUAUAACGUCCGUUGAAAUUGAUGCAAUUUUUUCUCUAAUUAAUGUUAUACUAUAAUUCAUAACUCGAAUCAAUGAAAAAUACGAGGUGAGAUCGAAAAUUAAUUGACAUUAAAUCUCCUAAAUGAAUUUUUAUUAUCAUAAAUUUAAUACUGUGUGAAGUUGAUGCAUAUCUUAACGACGUUGCCAGAUUGUGAAAAUAAUAUAUAUAUUGAGGAAAUUGUUUUAUCGGUUCGGAAAAAAAAUUUUAAUCGAUAUUCGUUAAUACGUCAUUAAUGACGUUUGGCAAAUGCAUUUUUUAUGUUUUAUAUAGGAAUACACCAUUAAUUCUACCUAAUUAUUACUAUAAAUACGUACAAGAUUACUACAAAAAGAUCAUUGCUCAUAAAGAAAACUAUUUCAAUAAUAUUCCACCCAAAACUGAUAAAAAAGUUGAAAAAAUGCUUUAAAUAAAUAUUUAAAACAUUUAUUGUCGCAGAACUAACCUCACUUUCUUUCCCUUGCCCUUCCAAGUCACCGGAUUUAACUCCGGGUGAUUUUUUUAAAACGAAAAUAUAAUUGGCGCAGUCAGUGGGAUUAUAACACAGAAAAAAAUCAAUUUCAAUUCAAAAAUAUUGAAUUGUGACAUGUAAUGUCAAAAUUUACAUUAGAAAAAAGCGGAAGAAAAUCAAUUUCGUCCCAUGGUCUUGUAGAUCAUCGAUCUAUUUGCGUUUUAGUUACGAUAUACGUCAAAUAUAUCGCACUGUCACUCGAAACUUUGUAUCACGGCUAACUUCACACUACUCCACAUGUAUUUUUGGAUAAAUCGUUUUUUGAAAUUGAUUCUUUUGUAGUAACCCCGUAGUAAUCUAGUCAGAAGAUCAGUGAGUAUAAGAGCAGUACAAUUUUUUUUCGAAGUUACCAAUAUUUUGAUAGAAUAAUAUUAAAAGUAUAGGAACUAAAUACAAUAAAUUUCUUCUUCUUUUUUAAUCGUUAAUAAUACCUGGUAAAUAGAUAAACUUUAACAAAUAGUUUUUAUCAUGUAAAUAUUCGUUUUGUUUUAACUGUUAUUAUUUAUAAAUAAUAAAUAUACGGGGUGAUUUAUGAAAGCUAGCUUCGAUUUAGUGUUACAUUAUGUCAAAUGUUUGUUUCGUAAAAUUUCAUGUGUCAUUUUAUAUCCCCCACCAAGCAUUCAAACUUAAAAGUUCACAUCUCAAACGUCAGUUCAAACCACAGAUAUCGAGUCCUACACUUUCUAUAGAUGGCGUUUACCAAUUAAAUUGCGCCUUUGUUCGACUUACAGCGUCGUUGCCGAUUUUAUUUUUUACCAAUAUCAUUUGUAUUUUCUUUUAAAUGAAAUUCACUAUUCGACAUUUUAUUAUUGAUUUUGAAUUAAAAAAAAAACUCAUUUUAGUAAUAUUAUUUAUUUAAAUUCACAAUAUAAUCGAUAUUAAAACUUAAAAAUGAUUAUUAAUCUAAGAAAAUAACAUGGCAACGUCGCGAUUGCAGUACACAAUAUUGAGAACGAGUUCAGUGCACGGCGCGGUAAUUCAUAGAACGCUUGAUUGUUUACAUCACCACUCCAUUCACAACGUUGCCAAGCAUCUAAAAAAUCUACCAUUAUACUACUCACAUAAUUUUUUUUUGUUUUUAUUACCUUUUAUGAAUCACCUUGUACUUCAAUUGUUAAUUUUAUCGUUCGAAUUUGUUGAUAUUGAGUAACCUCAUCUUUAAAUAGGCAUUUAUGUAAAGUAGAAGCCAUAGUUUUUAUAUACACCAAAAAAAGUUUUUAAUCUUAUUCAGUGGUUAUUUAUUUUUUAAUUUUGAUUAUAGUUAUAUAUAAUAAUAAUGUUUAUACGUUUUUAUAUUUUAAAAAUACCCAUUCAUUAAAACCAAAUAUUUUAUAUUAGUUUUAUUAACAUAUAAAUAUAUAUAUAUAUAUACAGGGUGUUUCGUUAACAACUUUUCCAAAACAAUAACCAAAUAUAUAAAUCUUCUAAAUGUUAAUGAAUAUAUGUUAUAGAAAGAGUUGAUGACGUACGUUUUUUAUUAUCAAAAUAAAAACUGUUAAUUAUUAUUACUAAUACUCUGUACACGUUUUCUUUACGUGAAACAGUGAAUUUUUUUCACACACAUUGUAUAUUUGUUCCAUUUUUUUCUACUUCUAAAUAUAUAUAUAUAUAUAUAUAUAUAUAUAUAUAUAUAUUUAAUUUUUCGAAACACCCUCGUAUAUUCACUGUUUCACGUAAAUCUUAUAAUGUGUCUUAGAAAACUUCGGAAUUGUAUGAUUUGUGACAGUCUAACAUAUCUAAUAAAUGUAAUAAACUCAAUAUU